UGGCAUCCAUUAUGUCUGUUAUAUUUAGCACAAAGUCCAAAAUCUGCUGUGUUUCCGCCAACGGCCAGUAACAGCACGAUGCAAUGGCUACCGGAAUAGACCUCAUCGUCUCUACAGUAUGCAACGCUACAUUUUGCGAACCGAUAUACGACAAUCCCAUCUUAGAAACAACAAAGAAGGAAACCGACUUACAGAAUCUAAUUAGCUAUGUUAAUGGAAGACAUUUAAAAGUAGCAACAUACGAUGAUAUUCCUCUGAGCUGGACAGAAAAUGGACUAAAUGGCUCUCUCGUGGGUCAGGGGGUAGCGUUCGUUAUCCUUGAGAUAUUGCGAGAAAAGUUUAAUUUCACCUAUGAAGUUGUGAUACCAGAGAGAAAUUUCGUGUUAGGUGGAGAUAAGCCUGAGGAUUCAUUGAUUGGGCUCGCUAAUAGUAGCAAAGUGGAUAUGGUCGCCGCAUUUUUACCUAAAGUACCACGUUUUCGAAGUAUGGUAUCAUUCUCGUACGAUCUCGAUGAAGGCAUAUGGGUCAUGAUGCUUAAGAGGCCAAAGGAAUCAGCAGCCGGCUCCGGUCUUCUGGCCCCCUUCCACAGUUAUGUCUGGUAUCUAAUUCUAGUCGCAGUUUUGUCGUAUGGGCCCUGUAUAACUUUAUUGACCAAAUUACGUUCGAAAUUAAUGCCGUCGGGGGACAAUCAUAUAAAAUUAUCACCAAGCUUUUGGUUUGUAUACGGAGCUCUCAUCAAACAAGGAACCAAUUUAGCACCGGAGGCUAACACAACCAGAGUUCUAUUCACAACUUGGUGGCUUUUUAUAAUACUACUAUCAGCGUUCUACACAGCGAAUUUGACCGCAUUUCUCACACUGUCCAAAUUCACAUUGGACAUAGAGUAUCCUAAGGAUUUGUAUAAGAAGAAUUAUCGAUGGGUUGCAGCACAGGGCAGUACGGUCCAAUAUAUUGUAUCAAACCCUGAUGAAGAAUUAUAUUAUCUGAGUGCAAUGGUGAAGAACGGCCGUGCAGAAUUCCGGCCAUACAGCGACGAUCAGGCGUUCCUGCCGCUGGUGAAAACCGGAGCAGUUCUAGUCAAAGACCAGCUCGGUGUUGACCAUAUAAUGUAUAAGGACUACAUUCAGAAGGCUAAGGAAGGCAUCGAUGAAGGCGACAGGUGUACUUACGUUGUGGCGCCUAAUUCAUUCAUGAGUAUGUUGAGAGCAUUCGCUUACCCAAGAAAUAGCAAGUUGCAAUUUCUAUUUGACCGAGUUCUCGUGUACCUCUCUCGAGCCGGUAUAGUGAAGUACUUACAAACACGUGACUUACCAAGUACGAAGAUGUGCCCACUUGACUUGCAGUCCAAAGACCGGCAACUCCGUAACAGUGAUUUGCUGAUGACCUACAUGAUCAUGGUCAUUGGCCUUUCUGCAGCCGCAGCCGCGUUUAUAGGAGAGAUAAUAGUGAAACGGUACUUACGUAUAAAGAUAAGGAGACGCGGAAAUCAGAAACGAAAGAAGACGAAAUUUAACAAGAACCAUAUUGUCCACAAGUAUGAUGACAGUCGUCCACCACCUUACGAUUCGAUAUUCGGCCGCCGCAAUCCGAAUUACAAAGUCACCGAGGAACUGCAGACGAAGAUCAUAAAUGGCAGGGAAUAUCUGGUAGUGGAUACAACACAUGGAGGCUCCAGGCUUAUACCGGUUAGGACGCCAUCAGCAUUCCUCUACAAUCUGGAGAAGUGAAUUGUCGAAAAAAAACGUGAAAAAUACCUUUGCCGUGUAUUUACGUUAUCUGUACAUACCACAGAAUAGAAACUCUCGAUAUAAAAUCAACAUUAUAUAUAAUGUUGUAACUGUAAACGGUACCGAAUUAAAUUCGUUGUAUGUAUUUGUAGUGUCUACUUACAUACCUCAUAAGGUAAAGUAUUGUACUUUCUCUUAUUGUUAAAACACACGACACAGUCGAUAAAUUAUUCUACUGAUCCCUUUCAAGAUUGUAUAUUUGAAGAAACUUUUUUGAUAAGACAAAAUCACCAAAGGACUCUACGCUUGUUGCUAUUCUAAUUACAUAAAAAAUAUAAGGUUGACCAAAAAAUAGGGUGAAUAAAUAAUAUAUAGGUAGAUCACUAUUUUUUAUUAAUUCACUUUUCUUUUAGUUAAAUUAACUGUGGACUCCUCAUUCAAUUGGAAUUUACUUACCUGCUAUAUGUAUGAAUAUUGAAAUUAAACGUUACAAUGUAAAUUUAAUUUUUACCUUUCCUAUGGUAUGUACAACAAUAAAAAUUGCAUGUAAUAAUAGUAUUUAUGUAUAACAUACUUUGCUAAUAAAAUUUAUUGUUAGAUAAAGAACACAAAAGCACAUUGCACAAAGGAGCAGAAAAAUAUAUAUUAGAUGAAAUGUUACAUAAAUAAAAAAAUGCUUUUAAAUACAUAUUUUUAUUAAUCGUGAAAAUUCAUUUUCACAAUUCCUCUAACAUUCAAAUCUUGAUUCACAAUUUCUCUCGUUUUGAAAACAAUAAACGUAAUAAAUUAUAUCAAGAUAUCUGCAUUAUACAUGGUUCGACAAUAGUUUAUGAAAUUAUUCUAAUUAUUAAUAUUAAAUAAUUUAUUUCGUAAAAUGUUACAACUAAUAAAAUGUUGUAAAACAGGCCAACAAAAAUAAAAGGAACUUGGUGGAACUUGUCUGACAAUCAUCUACAAUCUGUACAUACAUACAUAGAAUUUUACAUAGGUACAUUUCUUAUAUUGAGCAGUGACCACUUGUCACGCAAAACCUCAGUCAUAAUACAAAACAUACAAAUGUAGUGGCAACAUCUCCGCAUAUCGAAACAUUCUUUAUAAAUUUAUUUAUGUUUUGGAUUCAUAUAAAAUUAUACAACAAAUUAUUAUCAAUUUAUAAACAUUGUGAUAUAUAAAUCUGAUCAAAAUUGUAAUAUAAGCAUGUAAUUUAGAACACUACCACAUAUAUGAUGACAAGUUAAUGAAUAACAAAAAAACCUCGGAAUUUAAUAGAAUAAUAAUGGUAUAUUGGUUAACAUCACUUGUAAUAAAUACUUAAGUACUUUCUUUACACUGGCUAUUAAUUUAGUUGAUAUUUCCUUUUAUAUAAUAUAUAAUAAUGUUAUUCACUACAGGUUCCAGAACAUAUUAAAAUAAAAACUUUAGUAAUCCCCCAGGAUUCGAACGUACUCUCAGAUAUGUGCAAAGUAAUUAUUUAAUCAAAAACAAACAUCAUACAAGACGAGUAUUUGUAAAAUUCAAAUAAAAUUUUGUUUUUACGUGAACCAACCUAUAUACCAUUAUUUAUGUAACUGUAAUUUAUUUCAGUUACGUCAUGAGAAAAGCAAUUACAUAUAAAAAUGUUAAACAUUUUGUCAUACAAUCAGGGUGGAAUUUACCCACGUCUGUUAAAUAAACAUUACUAUAUCGCUAAUAAGCCACUGUCAUAUCCCCGAGUUUAAAAUCUAGAUAUGGAGAAUUAUUGACUAUAGAAAAUAAUGAGAUACAGCAAGAGGUGAUCGUCACAAAGAUUUCUCGCGAGGUGCAAAUAAUAACUGCAGAUAUCAAAGAUAAAUAAAAUAUUCAUAUUAAAAUAAAAUAAACAAUUGAAUGACAUUAAAGUAGAGUAGGCUAAAGUGUUUAUUUAUUGAUAUAAAUAUCGCAGUAAGACAAUACGGCUACCUAAAUUGGGCCGGAUUAUACCAUAUAAAUGUCCCCAUUACAAUGUCUCAGAACUAUCUCUAAGUAAGUUGAUAUCAUUUAAACUUUAUAAAUAACGGUAAAUAAUAAAAAAACUGUAUUAGUAGCAUGUAACACCUAAAAAAAGUACUAAAAAUUUACUGAGUACUAAUGAUAGUGUCAUACUAUUAAUUACGCGUUAGGGCUCAUAGCCUUGGACAUUUCCUAUGAAUAACCCGGGACUAUACCUAAAGAAUCCACUGAAAGUUGCUAAACCGUUCAGCUUGAGUGUAGAUAUUAUAAUCCUACGUGAUUGUCUAUCUAAAUGUAUUGCAUAGUUACCCGCACAAAUAUUCUCUAAAUGAGAAUCAUUCACUAUAAACAUGCCACUUUCCUUGGCGUUUCUCUACUUAUACUACAGAAUACGAUCACAAUUUUAAGUGUAAGAAACAGUUCAUAUUAUUUAAUAAUUAAUAAUAAGUAAAUUUAAUAUUUAUAUCCUCAACCGUCUCUAGAAAUGCACAUGUUUUUGGAUAUAUUAUUCAUUAAUUUAUUGCUAUUUUAUGAAGAGGUAUUAUUGUUGUAUUUUAGUUUAUAUGAACACAUUGCGUGGAUGCGCUAAUAUUUAAGAAUAUUAUCGAUUUAUAUAGCAAAUAUACCGCAACCCUAUAUGAUCACAAACUCGUUACUACUCUUAAGACAAUAUCAUGGAAGAUUUAACAUCAAAAGUGGAAUAGUCCAAGAACUUCGGGUGCUCCCUCAACUCACAAGAAUCAGUAAUUUCCAAAUCAAAUGUAGACAUUCAUUGCAUACAAUAAUUUGUGGGUUUUUUGUGAAAUUGCUGAUCCGAAAUCCUUAGUUUAUUAUUCCAUGAACAAAAUGCAUAGGUACAAUAAAUUAAAUUCCACUACAACGCUUUCAAGUUUAGAUUCAUUCGAAAAGAUUUAUAAAAUCAAUUUUUUUUAUUACAGAAUAAAGGAAUAAUUUACUUAUAAUUAUAUAAUUUCGAAUUAAAUUAAUUUGCACAAUAUAUUUUUUAUAUUAACUUCUAGUUCAAAGGGCGUGUUAGAAAAAAAAUCAUAAUAAGAAGGAACGGCAGACAUUGCAGAGUAACAUAUGGGUAGAAGAGAAAAUAUUUAUAUUUCGUCAUACGAGUACAAUCUCUAAUACAAUUUAUUUCAAGUUUAAACAAUUCAUUUGAGUUGUCAAGCUUAAUACAAUUUAUUUAAGUUAUACAUGUAUGUCAAUUUAGUUUAUUGAUAAAUUAAUGUGACUACCGAACACAAUGAAUCAGUAUAUAUUAAAUAUAGACACACACGUCUUAAGGACUUAGUCCUUAACAUAAUUAUUAUCAAAGUCGUCUAAAGAUUAGAUUAAUAUAAGCUAUAAUAUAAUAUAGCGUCAUCCACGUGCCACAUUGUAAGGUCAAUGCCCUUAUUUUAUUACCAUUGAAAUUUACCGCCGUAAGCUUCAAAUAUUUAUAUAAUUAUUUUUAAAAUAGUGCCGUCAACUUAUUAAUUAUGAGAUAUAAAACAUUAUUACAGAAUAACAUACAUUGUACUUUAAAAAAAUAUAUACAUAAAAAAGUAUUCAUAGGCAAAUGAAAGUGAUAUAAUAGUUAUAAACAAAUAUUUAAUCAGCUAU